AUGAGGGUAGCAAUAAUGCUUCGUUUCACCUCUCCUCCACCCCCCCUCCUCUCUACCCCCGAGCUAUGCGAACCGCAGAACCCGACCCGGAAUCGGGAGCCUCACCCCAAAAGGCAGAAAUUCGUCGGCAAAGAUCCGCCGUCGAACCUCGAUCUCUUCGACGCGUUGCCCGACGACCUGAUCGUCUCCGUCCUCUCCCGUCUCAGCUCCUCCGCCGGCUCCCCUUCCGAUCUCGUCAGCGCACUUGUCACAUGCAAGAGACUGAACGCGUUAGGUUCGAAUGCUUCGGUUCUCUCGAAAGCGUCGAGGGAAUGUUUGGUGAUGAGGGCGAAGAACUGGUCGGAGUCCGGCGACCGCUUCUUGAAGCGGUGCUCCGACUCCGGGAAUCUCGAGGCCUCGUUUACUCUCGGCAUGAUCAGGUUCUACUGCUCGGAAAUGAGACUGAGCGGUCUCUCGCUAAUGGCACGUGCCGCCCUCGGAAAGCUUGGAAGUGGAUGCUAA